CAUCAACUUUCUUAAAAAUAUGUAAAUCUUCUAUAAGAUAUUCAUUCAGAUCAAAAUUCCUCUGCUACCCAUUUCUUCACUGUGAGCAUUAUCAAUAAUAUUAUUUAUGAUAGAGAAAAAACAUACCGUGAGUGCGCAGAGAGGAUGCGAAUCUCUGUGAAAAACAAAGGGGUAGGUCCGAACCGACAACAGACACGACGCUCUACUCCAAACCAAUGUCGUCAGCAGUGACUAAACCUCUUCCUGUGACUUCUUGACACGCACGCACCACACUUCCACAUUCGACACGUGUCCUUCUUCUUCACCAUCCCAAGCCUAAACCCUACCCUUUCCUCACCCUAUAAAUUCCCCUCUCUCCCUCACGCUCCAACUUUCAAAAGCCGCCACCGCAUAAUUUUGCCAUUAUUCUAUCUCACCAACAAUGAUGGCCGCACCGCAACUUCACUUUCCCCCAGGAUUCAGAUUCCACCCUACAGACGAAGAACUCGUCGUUCAUUACCUCUGCCGCAAAUGCCUCAACCAACAAAGCGGCGUUCCCAUAAUCACCGAAAUCGACCUCUACAAAUACGACCCUUGGGACCUCCCUGGAAUGGCGUUGUACGGAGAGAAAGAGUGGUAUUUCUUCUCGCCGAGGAACCGGAAGUACCCGAAUGGUUCGCGGCCGAACCGGUCCGCGGGAACCGGGUACUGGAAAGCAACCGGAGCAGAUAAACCGAUUGGUAAACCGAAACCGGUUGGUAUAAAAAAAGCAUUGGUGUUUUACGCUGGAAAAGCGCCCAAGGGAGAGAAGACAAACUGGAUCAUGCACGAGUAUCGUCUUGCCGAGGUGGACCGUUCCAUUCGCAGAAAAAACAGCUUGAGGCUGGAUGACUGGGUACUGUGUCGCAUAUACAACAAGAAAAGGGCGGUUGAGAAGCAACCGCCGGUCAAAAUUGAGUGUUCCGAACUGGCGGACGAGAAGCCGGCGAUUGCGCGGCCGUACUCGGAGGUGACGGUGGCGGACUGCGUGAACUUCGAGGGAUCGGACUCGGUUCCACGGCUGCUGACGAUGGACUCGAGCUGCUCGGAGCAGGUGGUCUCGCCGGAGCCGGCGAGCGAGGUGCAGAGCGAGCCGAAGAGGAGCAACACCAAGUUUGAGUACAAUUACGUGGACGCGAAUCUGGCCUCGCAGUUCCACAGCGCGAAUCAGAUGUCGCCGCUGCAGGAUAUCUUCAUGUACCUCUCAAAGCCAUUUUGAAAUGAAAAUUAGUCGCUAAGACGUCGCCGUACGUGUGCGUAUGAACGCGUGCAUCGAUUUUUGAGGUGGCUGCAUCGCGCGGGGAGCACGAGACUCAUUGAUGGAAGGUCCAUGAGUGUGCCCGUGCUGGUGCGCGCAGGUGAUAUUAUCAAAAACAGAAACAUAAAAUGUGAUUCUUACAUGAAUAAUUGAAGAUGAUGAAUUAUGAAUGUAUUAAAUUAAUGAAAUAUUAAUACAUCAAUAGUCUUAUAGUGUUAA